AGGGUUUGUCAGCUAAGGGAAACCGAUUGCUUAUCGAAAUCAGCUUGUGUCAGGUAAACUUCUGAAUUUUGGUGCCCAAGGAUCUCGUAAUAUCCAAUCACGUGUGAAGUCGCUCGGGAGCCUUGAUUACUCCGUACCCCGCCAUGCAAUCAUUUUAACCCCACUUCUUUUUUAUUUCAUCGCCCUUAUUACCCGACUCUCCUUCCACCUUGAAAAUAAAUCACUCACUAACUUCAACGGGAAUACGGCCUUAAUGAUGUCGCAGAUAACAUCGAGCACGCCACAUUUGUUUGAGGACGACCUACCUGAAAGUGCGAACACGGAACGAAAGAUCUUCGCAGAAUGGGCGUCUUCAGUUCCGUUCGAGAAAAAAGCGGAUGAUUUUCAAAUUCACAAUUCAAAAGACUUAGACACCAAGAUAGUUCCCUUCUUAAGGUCACUCAAUCUUCUUGACAAGGGGUAUUCAUUGGUACAGAUCCCGGGACCGAAAUAUGCGCCAUUCCACCACAGCAAAGGCGAUGCAUUUAUCAUUCCAAUCGAGAUACUUGGCAAUAGCCCCAGCGCCUCAGGGAAGCCCCUUCAAGAAGGCAAGAGACUAUAUAUGAAGGUAAACCAAGAAGUAAAGAUCGAACCAAAGUUGCGCCUACUUUUCAUCUUGCUCUAGCGGACGGGUU